UGAAAAAGCAAUGUUCAGUUUUCAAGUAGAUACUGAUGAAGUUUUGGGAAAUUAUGAAAGGAAAUGGAGGGAAGAAGUCAUCCACAGGGCCGGACAGAAGGGGAAAGAAAGUACAGCAGCGUCGGUAACUGAUAACAGAGGAGGUAACUGCCGUACAAGGGAAGAAGCUCAGGCGUUGGCACAGACGUGGACAAUUGGUGCCACUUGUCAGCCCCGAGGCCCUGGCUCCCGUUCCUCUCUUCCGCUCCGCCUUCGUCCCCUUGACCGCCCGUCGCCCAACGAUUGUCUCAACGAUCCCCGACUCUGACUUUUCGCUUCAUUCGCCCCAGAUCUCAUUCCGUCCACAUCCCAAUCUUCUCCCAUCAGAACUCAAGCCCGAAGUGGCGGUGGGUCGUGUAGAUCGAGCCGGACGGUUCCUCUGCUUGGCGUUCGGAGUGUGUUGAUUUCGUGGUACGGGGGAUUGUUUCAUGGCGGUUGGGAGUGGAUUGUGCCUACAUUUUGGCGUCGUAAUUGUUCCUGCUGCUUGUGAAGAUUGGGCGCUCGAUGGUGCUUUUGCUCUGAGAAAGUUAGGUUUGUUUGCUCGCGGCGAAAUUCCUCAGUUUCAUGAUACUGAGGCAACGAGAGUGCCAUGUUAUUGAGGAUUUCCACCGCGCGCAAGCUGUAAGAGGAGCUAGGGUACCCACGAUGCUGGUCUUUGAGGAGUAUGGUUGGGUGAAAGAUUCAUGGAGGGUGGCCCAAAGAAAAGCGGGAAAGGGAAACAAAACGCAGGUUCUUCAGGUGGUAGUACGGGAUCAAAAUUGAGCAAUAGCAGUGUGUAUCACGAAGACGAGCCCAUAGAUAUGACGGAGGAAAUCGACAAACACGUCUUACGGAAAUACCAUGUUUGCCAGAAGCUUGGAAAAGGGGCUUAUGGAAUCGUGUGGAAGGCUAUUGAUAGAAGGACGAAUGAGGUUGUGGCGUUGAAGAAAAUUUUCGAUGCUUUUCAAAAUUCAACUGAUGCACAGAGAACAUUUCGGGAGGUCAUGUUUCUACAGGAAAUGAACGACCAUGACAAUAUAAUCAAAUUGCUCAAUGUACUGAAAGCUGAAAAUGAUCGUGACUUGUAUCUUGUUUUUGAAUACAUGGAAACCGAUCUGCAUGCAGUCAUACGGGCGAACAUUCUGGAGGAUGUUCAUAAACAGUUCAUCAUGUAUCAAUUACUCAAGGGUUUGAAGUACAUGCAUUCUGCAGAGUUGCUACAUCGGGAUAUAAAGCCUAGCAACUUGCUGUUGGACUCUGAGUGCCAAGUCAAGUUGGCAGACUUCGGUCUUGCUCGAUCUGUAGCUCAGUUGAAGGAUGAUGCUGGAAACAUUCCCGUACUUACUGACUACGUUGCAACAAGAUGGUACAGAGCGCCUGAAAUUCUGCUCGGUUCGACGAAAUACACAUACGGAGUUGACAUGUGGUCGAGUGGUUGCAUUUUAGGAGAGCUUUUGAAUGGAAAACCUAUAUUUCCGGGUACAUCAACUAUGAAUCAAAUUGAGAAGAUUUUGGAGGUUAUUGGACGUCCUGCACCGGAGGAUGUUGCCGCCUUAGAGUCACCCUUCGCAGCAACGAUGCUGGAUAAUAUGCCCACUCUCACCAAAAACUUCGCUCAAGUUUUUCCCACUGCAUCCCCUAACGCUGAAGAUUUACUUCACAGACUGUUGCAUUUUAAUCCAAUCAAACGAUUGACGGCAGAAGAAGCUUUGCGGCAUCCUUAUCUGGCACAGUUUCACAAUGCUGCAGAGGAAUCAAUCUGUACGCGUAUUGUCCGCAUUCCAAUAGAUGAUAAUACCAAGUUUACCAUUUCGGAGUACCGUGAGCGCCUUUACCAGGAGAUAGUGCAACGAAAGAAGGAGAUAAGGAAGAAACUCAGAGAGAAGGAGCGGCUGGAGAGAGACACGCCUUCUAGAAAUCAGCGUCGACCUAAGUUCCGUGCUGCUCAUUUUGGAAGUCCAAAUGGGGCUGCUUGAUUUUUCACCUGCACGUCUUAAUUUAUCAAGGUCUGAAAGCGUCAAAAGGGUUCCAGAUAAGAAGAACGACAGUAGGAUAUCACAGAAGACUCAGACGAUCGCUGGCUCUCAAAGGAUGCUGUCUAGCGCACCUGUGACUUCAAAAGUAGCCAACGACAGAAACACAAGAGAGGAGCAUUCAUGGUUGAAAAGAGCUGGUGCGCGCUUGAAGCUUAUAGCUCAGGCCAGCCCAUUCCAUCAUGUGCAGCAACGAAAGCAGAUAUUCCUGUUUUGAGCAAGUAAAAAUGUCGAUGUACAAUUCCACUACCUUAUAUCCAUUUCGAUACCACUACAGGUUUGCGUUUGAAGGGAAUCUGCUGCUUUUCAAGUGAGGUUUUAAGCCCGAAAGAAGCAGGUGAUUUUUUUGUUUAGAAUCAUUAUUGUUGUUUAGAAGCAGUAAGGGGGAUGGAUGGAGAUUUUCGGAGAUGGGAAGCUUCUUUGGACUGGCCAUGAAGAGAGUUUAUGUAGAUAAACAUGAAGGAUUAGGUAUGAAGUUUCAGUGUCAAUUUUCUUCGAUAGUACAAAUCAUCACAGUGAAGUCCCACGGACACCUUUUCAAUCAUUGACGAUGAGGAUUUGAGGAGGAUUCGAUUUUACUCCCUACUGCAUAUCCAUCAGAUUGGGAGGAAGCAAUUGUUGGAAAAUUCUUUCAGGACCUGGAACCGGUUUCACACUGUUCCAGUUGUCAUUCGUCUUCCAAGCAGCCGAGACUCCUAGUUUGUGUGACAUUCAUCAUGUAUAGAACUAGAAUAUGAACGGAGGUUUCGUUAGUAAGCUUGAAUUGAGUAUGGUAUUGGGCUUUAUAUCAAAUUUUUUUUCCUCAAGGUGUCUGUGUGUACUGCAAGAUAUGACAAGAACUCUUCUUGUUCAAGACAUGAAUUUGGUUUGUUAUCGGUUCGAGUGUCGAGUUGAUGAGCAUGUUUGGGUUACAAAAUCGAGAUUCUUAAGAUACACAGAAAUUCCAGUAAUAUCUGUCGAAAGGACUCGAAUUAACGUCUUUCUAGCUGCUGUUUCAUCCACGAUUCGAUCAUUGCUUUACCAAACUCCGGUUGAUCAGCAGGGAC